AUGGUAUCUGCAUCUACAGCUGAGUCUAAAGACGUUGAUUCUGUCGGCAGUCCCAAUGGCAACAACGUCACCAAAGUUGAGAUUUCUGGUGAUGGUGGUGAGUUUGUUAUUUUAGGAAACAAGAAGUAUUAUAGACAUGAGAUAAUGUCUGUCCUUGCCCAUAAUGCACAAUCACUGAGCAGCAAAUUUGCAAGCUCAACACCAUUAGGUUUGUGUGCUUUUGCUAUAACUACUUUGGUUUUAAGUUUGUAUUUAUUACAAGCUCGUGGCAUCAAAACCAUCAAUGUUGCAGUUUCAUUGGCUACCUUCUACGGUGGUGUCGUUCAAACAAUAGCUGGUAUUUGGGUUUUCUUUUCUGGAGAUACCUUGAUUUUUACUGCUUUGACAUCGUAUGGAGCAUUCUGGUUAUCCUUUGCUGCUAUAAACAUCCCUACUUUUGGUAUUCUCGCAGCCUAUCAAAAGGAUAUGACACAACUUUCCAGUGCCUUGGCAUUUUAUUUGAUUGCCUGGGCAAUUCUUAGUUUUAUCUUUAUGUUGCUUACUUUCAAGAGUACGGUUUUAUUAAGUGGGUUUUUCCUUUGUCUUACUGCACUUUUUUCAUUGUUGUCGGCAUCUUAUUUUGUUGGUUCGGUUGCAUUAACCAAAGCUGCUGGUGCCUUUGGUGUAAUUGCAGUUGUUGCUGCACUUUAUGAUACUUUCGCCUUAUUGGCAACAAAACAGAACUCUUACUUUACACUUUCUGUGAUUCCAUUGCCAGGAAGUGAGGCAAAACAAAAGAAAUAG